AUGUUUACUCUUUCUGAAGUCGCCGCACACAACACUCAAGAUAGUUGCUGGAUUAUACUUUAUGAAAAGGUGUCUCAUGUAAGCUCUGCUCCGUCAUUCAUCGAAAACUUCAAAUUUGCUAAUUUCGAGGGGGUAACGGGUAUUCUAAACAGUCAUCCUGGAGGAGCACAGGCAAUCCUCCGUUGGGGAGGACGAGAGGCCAUCGACGAGUUGAACAUGACUCAUCCUCCGGAGACUAUUCAAGAGAUCAAUCAGUCUUAUUUGGGGCCACUCGAGACACAAAGGUCCCCAAGCACACAUUCGAUGGCCAAAGAUAUCACUCAGACACCAUUAAGCACAUUGCUGAACUUGGACCAGAUCGAAGCUGCAGCUUCAAAGAUCAUCAGCAAAAAUGUAUGGGGGUAUUACCUUUCCGCUGCCGACGACAAAUAUUCAAGUAUCUCAACACGCAGGCCUAUCGCUCAAUUCUGUUUCGACCACGGUUAUUUGUUGAUUGUCGGACUUGGGAACUAG